AAAAAAAAAAAAUGCCUGUGCAUUUAAGAGCGGGUUUGUCCUUCUGCAGCUGCCGUAGAUUAACGAGGCGAUGUUUUUCUGUGAUGACAGGUAAUCAACGUGGUGGAAAGCGACUAGGACAGAAUGGAUUCAGUUUCAAUUUUUUCAUGCUGUCAUUUCAACUGCCUAGUUUAACCAAAGAAUUGGGAAGACACUGUAUAAAGACCUGACUGGAUCUCACCGAACCUGCAGGAUGUUUCCAGAACUAAACAACAUUUUAAACACUAGCCCUGACAAGUUUGAACAGGGUCAGUUCAUCCUGGUGUCAGACAGCAAGACAGACGGCACCUUCCUGAUUCAUCACUUCAUCUCCUUCUACCUGAAAGCGGGCUGCAGGGUGUGUGUCCUAGGUCUGGUGCAGUCCUUCAGUCACUACAGUGCAGUGGGCCAGAGACUGGGGGUGAGUCUGCCGCAGGCCCGCGAGAAGGGCCAGCUGGUGUUCCUGGAGGGUCUGCGAGGCUCUCUGGACGUGCUGCUGCAGGACGGCCCCAUCCCAGACACCGCUCAGCCACUCGGCUUCCUCAGAUCCCCUGUCCCUGAGUUGCGGGGCCUCUUUGAGUUUGUGCAGUCAUCCCUGUCAUCCACGGAGGAAGAGGUUGCUGCCUGGGGUCCACCGGUCCUGAUUGUGGAUGACCUGAGUGUUCUGCUGAGUCUGGGAGUCAGCCCUGGGGCUGUGCUCGACUUCAUGCAUUACUGCAGGGUAGCUGUGUGCUCCAGGAUGCAGGGGAACAUGGUGACGCUGGUCCACAAUGAGGAGGAGGAGCUGGGGGACGAGGACAGUGAGCUGCUGCUGCGCUCACUCACACACCAGAGCAGCCUGACCCUGCAGGUACAGGGUCUUGCCACUGGCUACUGCAGGGACAUCCACGGACAGAUGGAGCUGAGAUGGAGGGGAGGCAGUCAGGGUCGGCCUGGAAGAGACCAGGUCAAGCUGUUCCAGUACAAGGUCCAGGACAAGGGUGUGUCUUUCUUCGCUCGGGGCACCUCCAGUGCAGUGCUGUGAGAGCAGGAACAGGGCCUCAUGCAGCACACCCUGGAGAAAGAACCUACUGACUGACACCUCCUCCAAUCAAAUACCUGCCUCAUCCUUAUUGAACUCCUCCUACAGACAUGGCUCAAAACACCAUUUAUAAGUGCUUGACCUAAUUGAUCCUAAACGAAUGCUUUUUUACAGGUGUCUGAAAUAUUGACUAAGACUGGCAUGAGAUUCAGUGUGAUACAAGUCUUGGCAGUGAUCAUUGCAGAAACCCAUUUGGGGGUAAAAUUGGUUGUAAAUAAAUAACUGUGCCUCUACA